CCCAAAUAGGAGUCCUUGUACUGAGCAGCACAGGAGGAAAGGAAGGUCCUCAAAAUGUGGAGCGAAGUGUCCUUGGUGUUCCGUGGUGCAUCUCGUGUAGGACAGGCUGUAGUGGAUAUUCAGGCCGAACAGCUGCGGAUGUUUAUUCUUACCUCCACGCUGGGAAAAGAGAUUAAGUCUGUGCAGAAUACUGCAGAGCGUUGUGCUGGUGCUAUCUUUACUCGUUGUCAGACUAGAAUGCCUGAUUCAAGGGAACGCUCUUCUUUCUCAGAACUUGAUGCUUCCAAUUGGACCAUAGCGUCAGAGUUUCCUCCCUCAGAGGAGCCAACGGACAACAGUGAUGGAACUGUCAGAUCAAGCACAUUUACUUCAUUUUCUUCAGGGAGGGCCUCCGGGUUUACUGGAGUUAACACUGGACAGGUCAGGGCAUAUCGAAGUUACAGCACGAUUAGAGGUCUCACAGCUGAGGAGCUCAAGAGGGCAAGGGAGUCAAAGGUUCAGAAAGGAACAGAGGAACAAGGAAGAUACAAACAACAGAAGCUCAGUGAUAGAGCAAGAGAAAGGAAAGUACCUGCAUCUCGAAUAAGCCGCUUGGCAAAUUUUGGAGGUCUUGCAGUUGGGCUUGGAAUCGGUGCUCUUACAGAGGUGGUCAAGCAGUCUCUGAAUCGAGAGGAAAAGCAGGACAAUAAUCAUUCCAUUCUGGAAUCUAAUACUUUAUUGAAUGAAGCCAAUGCUGAAAGGAUUGUUGACACUCUUUGCAAAGUGAGAGGCGCUGCAUUGAAGAUUGGGCAGAUGCUGAGUUUGCAAGAUAACAACUUUAUUAGUCCACAGCUACAGAAAAUCUUUGAACGAGUCAGACAAAGUGCAGACUUUAUGCCAGCCUGGCAAAUGACUAAAGUGCUGGAAAAUGAACUGGGACAUGGUUGGAGAGAGAAGCUGGAAUACUUUGAGGAAAGACCUUUUGCAGCUGCUUCCAUUGGUCAGGUCCACCUUGCCCGCCUUUUGGAUGGCCGUGAAGUAGCCAUGAAGAUUCAGUACCCUGGAAUUGCUCAAAGUAUACAUAGUGAUGUGGAAAAUCUCCUAUCAAUACUUAAAAUGAGUGUGGUUAUUCCUGCAGGUUUGUUUCCUGAAACCAGUGUCCAAGUCUUACAGAAGGAGUUAACAUGGGAAUGUGACUACACACGUGAAGCCAAGUCUGUCAAAAGAUUCAGGCAUCUUCUCAAUGAAGACCCUUUCUUCAGUGUGCCACAAGUAAUUGAUGAGCUUACAACUGAGAGGGUGCUAACAAUGGAACUUGUGCCUGGGGUUCCACUGGAUCAGUGUGUUGAGAUGGACCAGGAAACACGCAACCAGAUCUCGUACAACAUCCUGCGUCUCUGUUUGCAGGAAGUUUUUGAUUUUCACUUCAUGCAGACAGACCCUAACUGGUCUAAUUUCUUCUAUGAUACAGAAAGCAAUAAGGUGAUUCUACUGGACUUCGGUGCCAGUAGAGAAUUUGGAGAAAAAUUUACAGAUGAUUAUAUAGAGGUUAUCAAGGCAGCAGCAGAUGGUGACAGAGCAAAAGUCCUUCAGAAAUCACAGGACCUUCGGUUUUUGACAGGUUUUGAAACAAAGGUGUUUGAAGAAGCUCAUAUAGAUGCAGUGAUGAUUCUUGGCGAAGCUUUUGCUUCAGAUGUGCCAUUCAAUUUCGGUACCCAGAACACCACUCGUCGGAUCCAUGACUUAAUUCCUGUCAUGCUGAAGGAUCGAUUGACCCCACCUCCGGAGGAAACGUACUCUCUUCACCGUAAAAUAGCUGGGUCCUUUCUCAUCUGUGCUAAACUUCAGGCAGUUAUUCCAUGCAAGGAGCUAUUCCAGAGAUUUUAUUGCGAGUACUGGGAGAGGCGCAGCAAUGGAGCACAGAGGACAAGCACUUGUUAAACACCCCUUUUCUAAGGUGUUACAUUAGGUAGUAAAUUACUAUUGUGCUCUGAUUACAACAUCUUCAGCCACACAUUCCGGGAUCCAGUAUAAGCAUAUUCUUUGCUCUGGAUACCUGGAAGCAAGUUCCAUCCGUGGUCCUGCUCUAUUACCUCAUCUUGCUAAACUAGAUUUGAGGAACAAGGCAAGAGGGUAGAAAUAGCUCACCUAUUGCUUUGUGUAAAUAUUAUGUUGUAAACAGAUUAUAUUCAAUUCAGUGAGGGAUUCAAACAAGUAGAGGUGGGGGUCUGAGGUUGCUGAAAAUGAGGGAAGAAGAUGUUGAGGAAGAAUGUCAUUAUAUGGUCAGUCUGCUGCUACAUCCUAUGACAUGAUUAGAAUGCCAUUAUAAUACACAAAAGCCAUGAAUAUCUUGUAAAUUAUAUCCUUUUAAACAAUGACUUUGGUUAUCAGUUAUAAACGGUGAGUUCUGAUGUCAUUUUUGUCACAUGACUCACUAGAACUUGUGUAUUAUAAUAAAUAAAGUAUCCCUUGUUGGAAAAUGUAAGGAAAUUAGAAGUCACCUCAGAGUUCCAUGACCUGUAUAAAAGCAUGGAACAAUGGUCAUGGAACUCCUCGGUAACUUAUAAUAUCCUAAGCGGGUACUUUAUUCACUAUAUAUAUGGGUCAGAACAAAAAUGAUGAGGAGUUACACAAACUAUUCUUUCUCUUUCCCCCAUUGUGGCAAAAAAUACAA